CACACCUGGACUUGCAUUCUCUGAUAUGGUAGCGCUGACCAUGUCACCCUUGAUAUAUCAUAACGGCCUUAAAGGACGUACCAUCCGCUUACUCACAGUUAAACCAGGUGAUCUCGACUCUCCGCUCGAGUGCACCCUUGCAGAGGCUCCUUUAGACGAUCCGGCAAACUCCUACAAUGCUCUUUCAUAUUGCUGGGGCACCAAAAGCUCUCCUGUCCAGAUAAUGUGCAAUGCACAACCUCUCUUGAUCACGUCCAACCUACACACUGCGCUGCAUGAAUACCGUCGCAGAGCCAUCAAUGUACCUCUCUGGGUGGACGCGAUCUGCAUCGACCAGUCCAAUACCUCCGAACGGACAUCGCAGGUUCGUAUGAUGCAGACCAUCUACUCGAAAGCAACGUGCGUAGUGGUGUGGCUAGGCGAAGCAGAGUCGACUGAUAGCAUGGCACUGGAACUACUGGAAGCCAUGAACGCGCCAUGGGCCAUGUUUCCCGGAUUGCAUUUUGGGUCAGACCUCUCAUUCCUUGGCUACUUCAACAUCGCGGAUCAUGACGCCAAAGUAGCUGCGCAGGUGCCGGAUGUGUACUUCGAUGCGCUGGCUGCGUUUCUGAUGAGGCCGUGGUUCAGCCGUAUUUGGAUCGUUCAGGAACUCAUAUGUGCGAAGCAGCUAAUCAUCUGGUGCGGAGCAGAGACGCUCAACGAAAAGUUCCCUAUCUUGGAAGCAGCAUCUCGAUUGUUCCAGAUGUACAACUGCAAUAUCAAAACGCAGCUUGCGACAGUGGUGUUGGAAGAUAAAGAAGCGCAGGAGACGGGACGGUCAAAACUUAUGUGUGCUGGAAGAUUAUGGGGCUUCAAGAGUCUUAGAGAUAGUGGCCUGAGUGGGAUCCAGUUGUUGUUGCUCAUCACACGUUGCUUUGAUGCUACAGAUCCGCGCGAUAAGAUCUUUGCGCUAGUAGGUUUGGCGAACGAUAUUGGCGAAGAGUUUGUCGACUAUUCUAAAAGCUACGACGCAGUGGUCCAGGAACUCAGCCAAAUGAUUCUGGAUGGAAGCAUUGAGGCACCGUCAGGCUCUGUACUAGAUAUGUGGUCGUGUAUAACGCGAGACGAGAACGACGAUCUUCUCAAACCAAGCUGGGUGGUCGACUGGGUCAGCCUGAAAGUUUCGCUGUAUACCCCUUUGAUAGGCCAGUACGAGUCGGAAAGACCGUUCAUUACGCGUAGCCCAGAGAUCUUAUUGACCACAACGGGACAGAACACGAGCCUGCAAGUCCGCGGAACGGUGUUCGAUACGAUUGCAAGUAUUGUUCCUUCUCCGAUAGCCAUGCGCCAGCUUGUGCCCCAGUCGGACUUCCUAACCUCGAAACAUGUCCCUGGAAUUUUUGACUGGCACGGGAAGGCGAUGACCGCGAUGGAGGCACUUGCGCCGUCCUCCAGCACAGGAGCGACUCCCGUCUACAGUUUUACUGGUGAAGCCCUACACGAAGCAUUUUGGCGCACCCUGUGCUGUAACCGCUCAUCAAGCAACACACAGCAUCCACCUGCUGAUGAUAGUAGUUACCGUGCGUGGCGAAAACUCUUUCAACUUCAAACAGCACGCCACAAGCUAGAACUCACGUUUAGGCGCGUCUGCAAGAUAGGGAAAAUAUCGUUCUGGGGUAUAUCAUGUCUUUCCAUCUCGAUAUUGACAUACUGCUUCCGCAGAAACAAGUUUCUCUUCUGCGCAGUACCGUUCGCCCUUCCAUCGAUGAUCCAAUUCACAAACACUGCCUGGGAUGUGUGCUUGAGAACUUUGCUAGUCAAGCUGCAUAACGACCAUGUGCAACAGACUUCGCAGACACAAAUAGAUCAGAGAGACUUUGAGAAUAGCUUUAGCUUGUGGACACAAGGACGACAGUUUGGUAUCUCUGCGCAGGGUUUGAUUGGCUGGGUUCCACUUGCCGCGAGGGUUGGAGACGACGUUGGUCUUUUCGCGGGAUGCAGGAUUCCAUACAUACUGAGAGCACACAAAGAGGGGUACAAGAUUGUUGGCGACACGUAUUUGCAUGGUGUCAUGAAUGGCGAGGGAGAUGGAAGCGAUGGUGAGUUGAUCAACAUCGUUUGAGCCGGUAGGAAUAGUCCAGGGUUGCAUGCAACUUAAUAUCAUGCUGUAAGUCCACGAGAUGAUGCAGUAUCUUGUUGAGUCAACUGUGAGCCAUACACGAGGAAAGUAGAGGGGACGAGAGGGUAUGUCUUAUCUUCAUCAAGAGCGUAGUUGUUCUGAGACACCAUGUAUCUUGAUACCAGAGCGUGUCGAUAGGGUCCUAAAAACGGGUGAGAGAGUUGUACUAGUAAGGUGGGUGAUGGAGCUAUUCUAAAAAUGAACUAAUGUUGACAUAGUGUUCUUUGUUCAUAGCAAAACGCCUUUUGAACUGCAACAUCUACC